AUGAUGAGUCACACCGCCAUCGCUGCUUGCCUUGCGUUGGCCCUGGUCGGCUUGGUCGCCGGGGCACAAGCGGAUGUUGUGCAGGUGCGCGUGCAGGAACGUUGGAACUCGACGUGGCGUGCACAGGCUUUGAAUCAAGUGCCCCCCAUGGCUGUGCUUCAUGCUCCCCUCACCCCUUUUUUGGAUGACGGUUCCUGGUCGUUGAACAUCUCGGCGAUCCCUUCCUUGGCCAAGCGUGCUUCCGAAUACGGCGUCACGGUCAUCUGGACCUGUGGUGGCAUGGGGCAGUUCUACACGCUCACCGUCGAAGAGCGCAUGAAAAUCAAUGAGGCUUGGGUCGAGGCUGCCAAGCCUUAUGGCCUUUACGUGAUUGCCCACGUGGGCACGACCGUACUUGCCGAUGCCGUGACCAUGGCCAAGCAUGCGCUCUCCGUGGGUGCCGAUGCCGUGGCCUCUGUUCCCCCCUACUACCAGAACCCGGGCUCCAUCUCGGAACUGAUUGAAUUCUUCAAGCCCAUCGUCGAGGCUGCCUAUCCCCUUCCCCUCUACUACUAUCACAUUCCUGGAUCAACCGGCUACAGCGUUAAGAUGCAGGAUCUCAUUUCCCAAGCCGAGCAAAGCUUGCCAGCUCUUCUUGGCAUCAAGUACGUCGACAGCGAUACCCUGGACUGGUACAACAUUGUCCAGAGCUACAACAACUCCCACGUCCUCAUGUUUGCCCCCGAGCCCAAGCUGCAGUCCUUUGGCCUGGGCAUUGGCCGUGGCACCGUCCUGGCUGAAGACUUUUUCGCACCUACCUAUCUCCGCAUGCACCAGCACUUUGUUCGGGGCAACAUCACGGCGGCUCAGACGGAACAAGCCUGGAAAUAUUCGGCCAUGGCGGUCUUUAGCAAGUAUGGCGGUGGCUCUGCGGAGCGUGCCGUCUACCGUCGCAUUGCCAACGUUGAUCUUGGACCGUGCCGCCUGCCUGCAACCAACUUUGAUGAGUCCAACUGGCCUGCGUUGCAAGCGGACCUCCAAGCCGUAGGCUUUUUCGAUCAGGUUCCGCCUGCUAUGUAA